AUGGCUCUUUUCCACUUUGCUUCAUCAUUUUGCUCUGUCCCCAAAUUGUCAUCUCCAAGUCGUGCCUCAGUAGGAUUUGCAUCAAGCAAGAAGUAUUGCCCUUUACCUUGCCAAGUUCGUUGCAAGGUGGACACCCAAACUACUGAUCUAAUCGUCCGGCGAUCAGCAAAUUAUCAAACUUCCAUAUGGGAGUAUGAUUUUGUUCAGUCACUGACAAGUAAAUAUGUGGGAGAGCCAUGCAUAGCAAGAGCUGAAAUUCUGAAGGCAAAGGUAAGGAUGAUGUUGGCGAAAGCAUCGAAAUCCUUAGAUCAAAUUGGGCUAAUCGAUACCUUGCAAAGACUUGGAUUAGCUUAUCAUUUUGAAGAUGAAAUAGAGAGCAUAUUGAAGAGCUUAGUUAACGAUAAUUAUAUGGAGAAUACAAUGAGAAGACAUGACUUGUAUGCUACUGCUCUCGAAUUUCGACUCCUAAGGGAGCAUGGGUAUAAUAUACCUCAAGACGUUUUCAGUCAGUUCAAGGACGAAGGAGGAAACUUCAGGGCAUGUUUUUGUGACGAUAUGAAGGGAAUGCUAUAUCUUUAUGAAGCUACAUACUUGUUGUUCGAAGGUGAGAGUAUCUUGGAGGAUGCAAGAGAUUUCAGUACUAAAAAUCUGAAAAAAUAUGUCAAGAAGUGCAACACUUCGGAAUAUCUUUCCAAGUUAGUGAGCCAUGCCCUAGAGCUUCCAUUAGCUUGGAGGAUGCUAAGAUUGGAGGCCAAUUGGUUCGUCAAUGUCUAUGAAACUAAAACUGAUAUGAAUCCAAUUUUGUUAGACCUAGCUAAGUUGGAUUUCAACAUGGUGCAAGCAAUACACCAAGAAGACCUGAAACAUUCAUCCAGGUACGCAUGA